UUGCUGGUCAUAUUUCUACCUUUGAUUUUUUAUCUGGUGGAAUUGCUGGUUGUAUUUUCACACGCGAUUUUUUAUCUGGUGGGUUUGCUUGUUAUAUUUUCACACAUGAUUUUUAUUCUGGUGGAGUUGCUGGGUGAUUUUUUUGCAUUUGAUUCUUAUAUGAUGGAGUUGCUAGUUGUAUUUUCACGUGAUUCUUUAUCUGGAUUUUUUAUCUGAUGUAGUUGCUGGUCAUAUUUCUACCUUUGAUUUUUUAUCUGGUGGAGUUGCUGG